AUGAGGGAGAUCGGUCAGAUCUAUGAAUCAUGUGAAUCAGUGAAGAAGAACAAGAAAGACCUGAAAGACUUCUCUUCUCUCCCGAGUCUUGCAACUGAAUACAGCAAGUGGUCCUGGAGUCUUCGCAGUGCCAUGAUGGAAUCUGAGAACAAACUACACAACAAAAUAGAAAAUGAAGCAAUUCAUGAAGUUGAGGAAACUGAUCUUCAAAGAGAGCUGUUGGAGACAAGUGAAGAAGUGGAAAAAUCCAUGUCUGAAUUCUUUGAGAAAGACACAGAUGCCAACAUACUAAUUCACUGGAAAACAUCAUUUGAAAUCAAAAUCAAAGAUGUUCAGGAAAACAUUGUGAGAGAAACGAAGAGAAAAUUAAGUGAGAUUCUUCAGCAGCGAGACCUGAAGAAAAAGAUUGAUGCUCAGAGGACACAUCAUGAAAAUACUCUCUAUGAAAAGAGCAAAAAACUUGCCUUAAAACUUAAACAAAAAGUAAAUGAAGAAGAAACACUGAAAAAAGACUUUGAUUUGUUUUGGGAACAGAGUGUGAAGAAGAUCAUCACAGACACUCAACCAAUGAAAGACGUUGACAUAAUGACAGAUGUAAAAAGGCUUCUCAGUGACAUGCAUCAGGGAUGUCUCCCUGUAGAACAGAGAAAAGAAGGCAGUGAAUACAAUAUUUUCAAUGUGUCAAGUUAUUAUGAAAAUGUCAUUUUAAAAAGGUUGACAAAAAAAGAGAUUAGUGACACUGUAAAGGAUUCUUGCCGAACAGUAAAAGCAUCAUUUGGACAUGCUCAAACUUUGUCUCCAGAGGAUCAAGCCCAGAUAAGAUCAUUUGUCACAGAUGUUGCUCAGCAGACAGACACAAUGAUUCAGUCAUUUAACAUUUCAAAGAUGGGCUACAACAUCAGCUGCAUUCUAAAACUCACAGGUUACAUCAAGAAUAGAAUAACAGAACACCAGAAAGGACCAGUGAAAUAUGUGUUUAAGAAUGAAUUCUUCAUGCAUUUGGUUCUUUCUAUCUGUAAGCGAGCAAACAAGAUAAUCACUGACCAACACAGAAUGUUCAAGGAUGCCAAUGAUCCUGUUCUCUAUUUGGAGAGGAAGAGAGAAGAGUAUUAUAGUAUUUUCCAGAAAUACUGUCAUGGAGCUGCAUCAGCUGCCAUUUUUGGUGAGAUCAUCUGUCAGAAACUGAAAGAGCCCUCUGAGCAGAGUGUUUACAAGAAGACUGCCAGAGAUCUGACAGAUGAAAUGAGAUCAAACUGUGAAUCACUGAAUGGAAACAGAUCAAAUCUGGAGAAACACAUCCUUAAGACACUGGCAGAAGAGGAGGAUUUCGACAAAUGCAUGAACUACAUUGAUAAUCCCAGAGAUCACUUCCAGAGUUUCAUCAGAGAUGAAGUCAGUCGGUACAUCACUGAUAAGUUCAGUGUCAAUGUUUUACCCAAGAUGAAGGAGAACAUUAAACUCUUGCAGCAGAAGAUUAUGAAAGCAGCACAUGAAUCUACUGAACAUGUUCAAGUCAACAGUGGAGAUGCUGGUUUGUGGUUGAAGAAUUUCACACAGCAGCUCUCAGAUGAGCUGAUCUUCUCUGAAAAACACCUAAGUGGAGUCAAACAUGAUGAUGUUGAUGAUUUCAACCUCCUAGAAGAUGUGAUAAGACAAGAACUUCCUGCUAUAAUGUCAGACAUCAGCAGUAGAUUCAACACAAAUACUUUUCCCGAAAAGCUAGACUAUAAGUUCAGACCAGAUGAGCUUCUGAUUGAUCACUUGUGUCAGUGCUGUUGGGUUCAGUGUCCAUUCUGUAAAGCCAUUUGCACCAACACCAUAGAAAAUCAUGAUGAGGAUCACAGUGUUCCUUUUCAUCAGGUUAUUGGACUAAGCGGAAUACAUUACGCAAAUACAAAUAACCUGUCUGUCCACAUCUGCACAUCAGCAGUAGCAAAGAACAAUUUACAUUUUUAUCCCAUUGACUCAAAAGAUAAAGUCCCCUGGAGAGAAUACAGAAGAGCAGGAGGAGUUUAUGCAGACUGGAGCAUCACCCCUGAUCUCUCUGAACUGCCCUACUGGAAGUGGUUUGUGUGCAGAUUCCAGAAAGAUCUGGAAAAAUACUACAGUAAAACAUUUGCGGGACAGGGAAAUAUACCAGAUGAAUGGAGAAAAUACUCAAAACAUGAUGCUAUUGAGAGUUUGUAUAAAUACAUUUAAUUGAACUAGUAAAAUUAAUUUAUUUUAGGUCUCCAUUUCACAGAGCACAGUUUGAAAUGAGUUUCUGUUCCUCACUUCACUGACUGACUAUCUGUUCCACGUACCAAUGCCUGUUAAACCCACUCUCCACUCCAACAAUACAUUUGCAAUUAUGAAAACUAACAUGUAUUUGUAAUUAACUAAAUUAGAUAUAUAUGGGAAGUUAUUUAAAUUAGUAUCUGAUGGCAUUAGAAAUGAUAGUGCAUGAGUGCAAAGUGAUGUUUAUUAUUAUUAGUCAGAAAUUGACUAAAUUGGCAUGUCACUUCUUGGCAAUAAUGUUUGAGUUUUAGAAUGUUUGGGAAUAAUAUCAGGAAAUGCAUCAGUUGACA